AUGCCCGAGCCCAUCUUUAUCGAACCUCACAAGGCUGCCAUGGCUGUUGUAGACCAGGACCACCUUCCCAACUUGACCACUGUUGGCUCUACAGCCAGUUCGAUGAAUUACGACGAAGACUUCGUCUUUCUUUGCUCCAAAACGGACAGUAAUAAAUUCGGAGACGCGGUGGUCCCCAUCUUCUUCUACGUGGUCUUCACUAUCAGCUUGUUGGGGAAUGGCCUCAUUUUGUUCUUGCUCCUGAAGUUCGAGAACAUCAAGACGGUGACCAACCUGUUCAUCUUCAACUUGGUGGUCUCUGACUUGCUGUUUACGGUUUCCCUCCCGUUUUGGGCUUACUAUCAUAGCUACGAGUGGAUCUUCGGAGACAGUCUCUGCAAGGUGGUCUCCUCCAUGUUCUACGUCGGAUUUUACAGCAGCAUUCUGUUCUUGACCAUGAUGACCAUCGACCGCUACAUGGCCGUCGUCCACGCCAUCUACGCCGCCAGGACCAGGAAGCUCUUGUAUGUCUACUUGGCGAGCGCGGUCAUCUGGGUGACCAGUCUGUUGUCCACCAUCCCGAAAUUUAUCUUGUAUGGAACGAGGGACGAUGUCCAAUCCGGGACUCUCUGUGUGGAGACUGGUUACCAGGUGGACACCAUCCGAUGGUGGAAGAUGGUUGGGUACUGCCAGCAGCUGCUUAUGUUCUUCUUGAUCCCAUUGGCCAUCAUCCUCUACUGCUACACGCUGAUCGUCGUCAAGCUGUACCGCACCAAAAUGCACAACAAGGACAAAGCCGUCAAGCUGAUCCUCAUCAUCGUGCUGGCCUUCUUCGUCUGCUGGACCCCGUUCAACGCCGUCCUCUUCAUCGGAUUGCAGAACCUAUACCAGGAGUCUCAGGACGGCAACUGCAGCAACACCAUCGACUACGUCUUCUACGUCUGCCGGAACAUCGCCUAUUUCCACUGCUGCGUCAACCCCUUCUUCUACACCUUCGUCGGCACCAAGUUCCGGGGCCAUCUGGCCUCCUUGUUCGGGAACUGGCUCAGGUGCGGCAUGAGGUACAGGCACCCCAGCCUGAGCAGCAAGACCAGCGAAUAUUCCCCACAGACCAUUUAUGAAUAAAUGGACUUCA